CAUCCAUAUAGGAAGUAGGAUCAGCAGAGGUGACAGCACACAGAGCUACGAGGAAGAUCAGAUGGAGGAGUCUCAGUUCUACCGAUGGCUUCACCUGUUGGGUCUCCUGGCUCUAUCAUAUCUGGUCCUGAAACAGGUGUGGACCCUGCUGAUCGGGAUCAAAACCCAUAUACUCUCCCGGUGGUGGAAGACUAACCUCAAGAAGAAGUAUGGAGGAUGGGCAGUGGUAACUGGAGCGACAGAUGGAAUCGGGAAGGCCUACGCAAAGGAGUUGGCCAGGAGAGGCUUUGAUGUCGUCCUCAUCAGCCGAACUGUAGAGAAGCUACAAAAGGUUGCUCAGGAGAUAGAAAAAGAGAGCCAGAGAAAUACCAAGAUCAUCCAGGCAGACUUCACGGUAGGGCCUGAGAUUUAUCCAAAGGUGGAGAAGGCAUUGAAGGACCUGGAUAUCGGAAUUUUAGUAAACAAUGUUGGGAUGACUUACCACCCUGACGGAGGUAGAUUUCUUGAGGUCCCUGAUAUUAAUAAGCGGAUAAGCGACAUCAUGAACUGCAAUGUACUAUCCAUGGUGCACAUGACCCGGAUUGUGUUACCUAGAAUGGUGGAGAGGAAAAAAGGGCUGAUCAUAAACAUCUCCUCCGCGGCCGGGGUCCGUCCUUAUCCAUUGUUUAUGAUGUAUAGCGCUACUAAGGUUUUCAUGGACUUUUUCUCCCGCUCCCUACACUAUGAGUACAGAUCUGAUGGGAUUACAGUUCAGUCUGUUCUGCCGAACUUGGUGUCCACCAACAUGACCAACAAUAUAGCCACCAAUAUUCUGGUGAAGACCAGUGAUGACUAUGCCCGGGAAGCUCUGAACACCGUGGGGUACUCUAAUCGUACCAAUGGCUGCCUUAUCCACAGCCUCCAGGAUUACAUCUUUGACUACCUGCUGACUGAGACCUUCAUGAACUCCUGGAUCUGUAUGUUCCUUGUGGGCUAUGCCAUGAGAAGGAUACAAAAAAAUAAACUAGAGCCAUCAAUAAAAAAAAAUCUGUGAAGUUGAA